UUUGUCUUGCAGCAGCAAAAGAACCUAGAGGGAUACGUGGGCUUCGCAAGCCUCCCCAACCAAGUGUACAGGAAGUCUGUCAAGAGGGGCUUUGAGUUCACCCUGAUGGUCGUCGGUGAGUCAGGGUUGGGCAAAUCUACGUUGAUCAACUCUCUCUUCCUCACCGACCUGUACUCGUCAGAGUAUCCCGGACCUUCACAUCGAAUCAAGAAGACUGUCCAGGUGGAACAAUCCAAAGUGCUCAUUAAGGAAGGCGGCGUGCAGCUGUUGCUCACAAUUGUCGACACCCCCGGCUUUGGAGAUGCCGUCGACAACAGCAACUGCUGGCAGCCAAUCAUCGACCACAUCGACAGCAAGUUCGAGGACUACCUGAACUCUGAAUCGCGGGUGAACCGACGACAGAUGCCCGACAGCCGAAUUCACUGCUGCCUCUACUUCAUUGCGCCGUCAGGACACGGCCUGAAGCCCCUCGACAUCGAGUUCAUGAAGCGUCUUCACGAGAAAGUCAAUGUCAUCCCGCUGAUCGCCAAAGCAGACACGCUCACGCCAGAGGAAUGCCAGCAGUUCAAGAAGCAGAUCAUGCGGGAGAUCCAGGAGCACAAGAUUAAGAUCUACGAGUUCCCUGAGACGGAUGAUGAAGAGGAAAACCGUCUUGUGAAGAAGAUCAAGGACAAGCUGCCUUUAGCCGUGGUGGGCAGCAACACCAUCAUUGAGGUGAACAGCAAACGUGUCAGAGGACGACAGUACCCCUGGGGGGUCGCAGAAGUGGAGAACAGCGAUCACUGUGACUUCACCAUUCUCAGAGACAUGCUCAUUAGGACUCACAUGCAGGACUUGAAGGACGUGACUAACAACGUCCACUACGAGAACUACCGCAGCAGGAAGCUGGCUGCCGUCACCUACAAUGGCGUGGAGAACAACCGGGCCAAGGGGCAAUUGUCCACCAAACUUGAUGCAGUCGAAGGAAUGAGUCCUCUAGCCCAAAUGGAGGAGGAGCGGCGGGAGCACGUGACCAAGAUGAAGAAGAUGGAGAUGGAAAUGGAGCAGGUCUUUGAGAUGAAAGUCAAGGAGAAAGUGCAGAAACUCAAAGACUCCGAAGCCGAGCUUCAACGGCGCCAUGAGCAGAUGAAGAAGAACCUGGAGGCGCAGCACAAGGAGCUGGAAGAGAAGCGACGUGUCUUUGAGGAGGAGCGAGCCAACUGGGAGGCCCAGCAGCGCCUGGAGCAGCAGAAAUUGGAGGCCUCCAGAACUCUGGAGAAGAACAAAAAGAAAGGCAAGAUCUUUUAA